AUGCGCCUUCUUGUUUCCGACGGCGGCCUCGCUCCUUUUGGGGAGGACACGUUAAGGGCGCUCCAGGAAAAGCAUCCCUCUCCAUCUAGACCAUUGUCGAUACCGGAUGGGCCGGACGGGGGGGACAAUGCUCUUACAGUGUCUGUUGAGGAUGUUGCGGAUGCCAUCGGAUCUUUUUAUAAUAGUUCCGCUUCCGGUUUGGAUGGGUUGCGGCCGCAGCACUUAAAGGAGUUGAUCUCGCCGUCAGCCGGCGACAAUGGGUUUCGUCUCCUGGAGUCGAUCACAUGCCUUUGUAAUUUUAUGUUGCGGGGCGCGGUGAACCCGGAGGUGUGCCCGUAUAUUUAUGGGGCUUCGCUCUUUGCACUCGCUAAGAAGGAUGGUGGGAUCCGACCUAUAGCUGUGGGAAACACUUUUAGACGUUUAGUAGCCAAACUCGGUUGUCGUGCAGUGAAGGACCGGAUGGCUGCUCUCCUCCGGCCCCAUCAAUUGGGCUUCGGGACAGCACUGGGGUGUGAGGCGGCUAUUCACGCCACUCGGGCCUUUGCGAUGAACGUGGGUAACUCCGGAAAGGUCAUUGUUAAGUUAGAUGUUUGCAAUGCCUUUAACAGCGUUGAGAGGGAUACCGUUCUCGCACAGGUGAAAGACCUGAUCCCGUCGGUGUACCCGUUUGUGUACCAGUGCUAUGCAAAGGCGUCCAAACUUUUUUUCGACGACUCUUCCAUCGAAUCGCAGGUUGGUGCCCAGCAGGGUGACCCGUUGGGACCUCUUAUUUUUAGCCUAGCGAUUCAUAAGGCUGUUGAAUCCCUGAAGUCGCCUUUAAACAUUUGGUAUUUGGACGAUGGUACUAUCGGCGGCCCGCAAGAUGUAGUCGCGCGGGACAUUCAUCGCCUGUUUCCGGCUCUUGGGGAGAUGGGUCUCAAGGUUAAUACCGCAAAAUGCGAGAUUUUCCCGUGCGGGCCCGAGGCGAUGGCUGGUUUGGCAACUUUUAAAGACCUGAUUCCUGGCCUAAGGGUCGUCACUAAAGACAAUUUUAUGCUUUUAGGAGCGCCAAUCUUCCCCGACGCGGUUUCCGCCGCGCUCCGAGAAAAAAAAGAAUUGCUGCUCAGGGGACACGCGGAGCUAAAGCGCCUGUCAGCUCACGUUGCCCUGGUUCUUCUCAGGGGUAGCCUCUCUCUUCCAAAGCUCACCUACUUAAUAAGAACCAGUCCUACUUGGUUAUUUCCUCAAGAGGUUGCCGACAUAGACGAAGUUCUCAGGUGCUCUCUGGAAGAUAUUAUUAACAUUAGCCUGGGGGAACGGGAGUGGAGGCAGGCUGGUCUUCCGGUUCGUCAUGGAGGUUUAGGGGUGAGGCGAGUGCAGGAUAUCGGGGUGUCUGCUUUCUUAGCUUCAGCAAACGGCUCACUGGAACUUGUCACUAAUAUUAUCUUUUUCGAGGGUGACAGUUUCAGGAUCCCGUUUGCGGACGAAGCCCAAUCAGCAUGGAAUGCGCUUUGCCCUAAUACCACGUCCCCCGAAAAGCCUCAGUAUCAGAGGAACUGGGACGACCUUUGGGCCAAAUCAGCUGUUGCGGACCUUAUGGAGUUGUCGUCAGGGGCGGACUUGGCCAGAUUGCGUGCGGCCCUCUGUCCCGAGUCCGGAGCUUGGCUUCACGCCCUGCCUUCGCCGCACGUGGGCACGCUCUUGGACGAUAACACCCUGAGGAUAGGAGUUGCCCUUCGGCUGGGGUGUAGAAUGUGUGAGCCACAUACAUGCCGCUGUGAUAAAGCAGGAAAAACAAAAGAAGAACAAAACGUCACUACCACCGUCGGGGUUCAAAUACACAAGAAGUAA